AUGGCAUCCCUCAGGAGACUCACAGAUAUCCCAACUUUAUCUGACCUCUACCGAGAUGGCAUAAUGCAAGAGUCUUUUUCCUCCAACGAAUCGCCGUCGCAAGUACUAAAUGACAUCGUCUCUCCAUUUCGCUAUGACAUUACUCAACUUGAAGUGGACGCCAUCGUGAAUGCUGCUAAUCGCUCCCUUCUCGGCGGUGGAGGUGUUGAUGGUGCUAUUCACCGCGCAGCUGGCCCACAGCUAUUGCAAGAAUGUUCCCGUCUGGAUGGCUGUGAACCUGGUGAUGCGAAAAUUACUCCAGCUUAUUACCUCCCCUGCGAACGAGUGAUUCACACUGUUGGACCUGUCUUCCGACUUGAAUACAACCGAGAUCCCAGUCGUCCCUUUGUUCUGUUGCGAUCAUGCUACCGUCGCUCUCUCGAAGUUGCUGUGGAAAAAGGUAUUCGUAGCAUUGCUUUUUCUUGUAUCAGCACUGGUAUCUAUGGAUUUCCCCACGACAAGGCUGCCUUUAUUGCUGCGGAUGAAGUCCGAAAAUUCCUCGAGGAGCCCGAAAAUAUCGGCAAAAUAACCCGCGUUAUCUUUUGCCUAUUUCAGCCAGAGGAUGUGGCCGCUUACGACGAGGCGCUCCCGUAA